UGAUUGGGUGGCUGGAUGGGAGGUGCAAAAACAGGGCCGGGUGUGGUGCUGGAGUGCGGAGACAGAUGGAGGGAGGACAGGCGGUUGUACCCUCUUGCUCCGUACAUACGUAUCCAUCAGAGUGAGGCAUAGAAACAGACACACAGACACACGGACAAGGACUGUAGCCUCCGCCACCGCAGCCACUCACGUAAUUAAUCAAUUUGCCCUCUGAUUGCCUCCAAAGUGACGGGAAGCGAGUGAGAAAGUGCACCAGAGAAGUCAUUGCAAUGGUGAGUGAGUGACGGGGAUACCAGUGCAUUUUUUUGUUGUUGUUGUUGUUUUUGUGUCGAAUAAGAAAAUAGAAAGUGAUAAGUGAAGAAGUCGUGACGGAAGUGACAGUGAAGUGAGUGGCGAAACGUUACUGACGGAGGAAUUAAGAGGAGGGGAGGAGGAGGAGGAGGAGGAGGAGAUAGGGCUAUACAAGAAGAGCAGGAAGAAGACCAAAGAGAAAAAGAAAACACGGAGAUUUUUCCUCCUCUCAUUCACUCUCCCUUUCUACGGUGGAGGAACUGACAGACUAGAACUAAAAAAAAAGGAAAGAAAAGAAGAAACAGAGAAUUUUCUUUCUUUCUUCCUUUCCUGUGGAAUCUUAAACGUCAGGUAUAGUAUGAUGAUGGCGAGUAGUUUUCCGUAUCCCGCCGUGCUGGGUGUCCAGAAUAUCAUGGGCACAGAUGCACGCCCCGCCCCGCCUCUCACUCACUCCCGCCGCUCCGUGCACGACCCGCCACCACACCCCUACUACCCCAGGGACUCCCACCACCCACCACCCAGGGACGACCACACUACCGCCCGCGACUCCACGCAGGGCCUGCUGCGUCACGACCUGCUGGGGCUGAGUCGUGGUGGGGGCUCCUCUCGGGGCCUCGGCCAAGAUCACGCCGUGCCUGGCGCCGUUGCCGCCCCGGUAGUGGCACCAGCGGCCCGCGAAGAAGUGGCCUUUCCGAGGGAGGCGGGUGGCCUGCACGCCCUCGAAGUGUCGCGGUCAGGCAACAUUGAGAAUCAGGAUCCUGCGUCACCACAGGUGAAAGAGGAGCGGGAGGGGCGGGAAGACGCCAGCGACGGGUCCGGUACAGAGGAGGACAGUGGGGCACCCGGCCGCCCGCCGCCCACGAUGGGCUCCUCCGGUAGGAAGGUGCGUCAGCAGAAACAUAUCAGGCUUUCUAUUAAUGCGCGGGAACGACGACGGAUGCACGACCUGAACGACGCACUGGACGACCUACGAGCUGUCAUCCCCUACGCUCACUCGCCUUCAGUCCGGAAGCUGAGCAAGAUCGCAACGCUGUUGCUCGCCAAGAAUUACAUCAUGAUGCAGAACAAUGCCAUCGAAGAGCUGCGCCGCGCCGUCACCUAUCUCAACCAGCCAGGUGCUCAUCUGCCACACUUACCGCCCGCCCUCGCUUUCGACACUGGCGCUGCCGCAACCGCCGCAGCUGCGCUACCCGCUGACCAGACUGCCUUCCCAAGACUGUCCGCCCCACAGCAGUCAGCAGCGGCGGCAGCGGCAGCAGCCAGUACCCAGAGACCCGCUAAGCUGCAGGAACCUCCCUUCCUUGACCACUCGUCAGCCUAUAAGACUCCGUCUUAACGGGAGGGUAGCAGCGGCGGUGGCGGAGGCGGCGGCGACGGCAACGGCGGCAGCAGCGGCGGCAGCAGCGGCGACAGCAGGGCGUGUCCAAUCGUGUCAGGUCGUGCACCCGCCGCCCUUCUCGCAUGUUGACAGGCAGUGCUGAAAACACAACACACACACACACACACACACACACACACACACACACACACACACACACAAAAGAUACUAAACAAAGAUUUUUACGGAGGCGUGUGCUAAACAGAAUUUAUGCUUUGCUUGGGAAAGACUUGACGACAAAAAAUCUUCAGACGUGCCGGAGAGAGCGAGCGCAGUGAGCCUCGCCCUGCCCUGCCUCACGCACCUGUGUUUGCGCGACAAGUGGAUGGUUUUUGUGAACUGAUAAACAUUCUUUUCUUACUGAAUUGACUACACGUGUGAAGCAAUAAGACAAAUAUAAUGUAUAAAUAACGGGAGAGCAUACAUACACUAAAUACAAGCAUAACUGAAUAACAUGAAGAAAAAGUGUACAGGUGACGAAAGAUGCAGUAAUUGAAUAAAGAAAGAAAAAGAAAAAAAUAGACUACAUUACCGAGAACAGUGAACAGACAAAUGGUAAUAAAAAAAAUGUGAAUGAAGACGAAAAGACAAACAGCAGACAGUACAGUACACGGCAGAUGAUGAUAAAUAGAUCUUAAAAAAAAAAACACACACACAAAAUUAAGAAAAACAAGAGACAAAGGAAAAUUGAUCUGGGACACAAAAUGAAUGAGUUUGCAAA